AAGUAGAGGGAAAAAAAGCCACCAGGCCCUUUGGAAAUUACACAGCAGCUAUAUUGAGCUUUUGCCAGCAGCUUUGAAAAUGCCCGUUUUGAGAUCAGUAUGACUCACCAUUAUAUAUAUAUUUUUAAAUUGUGCAUUUGAACAAAUAUAUUGUUCAAAUGAAAAGCAAUUUCAUCACAAAGUUGUUUUUAAGAUGAAACUGAGGUGUCAAAAUGUAGAUAUUGAGAUCCCCUUAGCAAAAAGUAGUGCACUUAAAGUUUAUUUUAUUAGGUAUACUUUAGUAUAAAUAUAUACUAGGAAAGAUACUAACUGCUUACUUCUUGAGACCAAAUUUGAUAAUUUUAGUUUAAAAGAUAUUGAUACUUCAAGUAUACAGCUUCACUUUUCUAUAAACUAAGUAUAUAUUUUUUCUCAACUUUAUUAAACAAAGUGCAGAUAUACGACAAAAGAACCAAUUUACUAUACAAGUAAAAUACAGAGGUGUACUGUAAUAAGCAGCCAGGGGAUUGAUUACAUAAAUACAUGCAAAAGAUUCACAAAUAUUGAUAUUUUACAUAUUUUAGGAAUUUAGGGAAAUAUGGUGUUUAUAAUUUUAUUUAAAUGUAUAAAUAUAGAACUCCGUCAGAUAAAUUAACAUUUUAAUUGUUUAAAAUACUAAAAUACUAUUAUUAUUGUUUCUGGAAAAAAAUAAUAUAUUUUAUAUAUUAGGGAGAAAUAUUUAAAGAUAUGAAUAAUAAUGCAUCUAGUGAUUUUUUUCCAAAAUUUCUUUGUGGACAAACAGCUUCUGAAUAUUUUUUUUUUACAAAAACUACAAUUAGUACUGAUAUCUCUUAAAUAUUGUCAUGUAGUGCUUUUAAAAAAUAGACUACAUGUAAUAGUACAAUUAAGUAGACUACUUUUUUGCUAAGGGUUGUUAGAAAUGUGUUUAUGUGCUAAAAGAAACUUUGAUUCUAUUUUGCUGUAACGUGUGCUUUUAAAAGCUGGAUUAAUGAAUUACUUUUAUAACUUUUUUACAUUUUUAUGAAAAUGGCUUGCUUGUGAUUGCUAUUUUUGUCUUUUAUUUUUUUAAAUGAAUGGAGUAAAUGUCCAGAAAGUUUCUGUGUGAAAAUAAAAAGUGCCAGGAACCAACUACAAAACUCUCCUAAUUGCAUUAAUAGAAUAGCCACUUUAAUCUGUUGCCUGGUGAAUGGGAUAAAGCUCAGCAUUAAUUCAGAAAGUUGUACAACCAGAAUAAUACCGGAUACUUAUCGAUUUACGACUGCUGUGAUUGGCUACUUGACGGCCAGCCAAUCGCUCAUUGGCUCAGAAUUUUGAGGGGGGCGGGACCUCGCCGCUUCCAGGUAGGUAUGUAAGAGAGAUAUGAAAGGCGGCGAGUAAAAACAGUAGGCAAAGAUGGCGUCCAGUAAAAAAGGUGGAGGGAAUGGCAAACUGGAGCGAGGUAUGAAUGGAAGACGGUCUUCCAAACUCAAAGAAGGUCCAGUGGUUUUAACAGCAGACGAUGACGGGACCCUUCUGAGCAGAGGGGACACAGACAUGGACCAAGACUUAAACUCAGAUGCUGUGAUGGACACCAAGGCGGUGUUCGCCGCCCUCUACAGCGUGUGUGAAGAAAACGCCACAUUCUUCUCAGCUGGAGGCAAAGUGUCGCAGGCCGACUCUGCGAAGCGUCUGGUUGAGUCUAUGAAGCUGAUUCAAGAUCACGCUCGCAGCCUUGAACCUGUCAUUUCCGGCUUUGCUGCCAUUUAUCAUCACUUUGACUUUGAUCCUCACAUACCCGCUAACGGCUACCGCUCUUUAGUCAAGGUGGUACGUUGCUGCCUUCUCCAUAUUGUCCACAAGGGGCGCUACAUUGCAGCCAACCGCCGCAGCAUCUUCUUCAGAGCAGCCCACAACGCGGGCGAGAUGGAGGCUUAUUGCAAUGCGUUGUGCCAGCUGCGUGCCUUGCUCUAUCUGGCUCAGCGUAUGCUGCAUGACAACAGUCACGGCAACCUGUUUUUCCAGGACGAAAGUGGACUUAGUGAGAGUUUCGUUCGAGAAUACGCAUCCAUGCACAAAGGCUGCUUUUAUGGCCGCUGCUUGGGCUUUCAGUUUACUCCAGCCAUUCGACCCUGCCUGCAGACCAUCGCUAUCGGCCUUGUUGCCUUUGGAGAGAACUACAGGCGGCAUCAGUCAGGAAUAGGUGUUGCUGCCAGCUCUUUCUUUACCUCAGGAAAAUAUGCCAUUGAUCCAGAGCUGAGAGGGAGAGAAUUUGAACGCAUCACUCAGAAUCUGGAUGUUCAUUUCUGGAAGACCUUCUGGAACAUCACUGAGACUGAGGUCUUGUCGAGUCUUGCCAGCAUGACGUCUGCACAAGUUAAGGUGAACCGAGCUCUUUCUGUGCCCCCAGUUGCCUUUGACCUUCCCCUGGCAGCCAACCAUACAGCAUCUGCAACCAUAGCGCCGCCGUCGGCACACAUCGGCAUCGCUCCCGUCCAGAUGAGACUCAUCUCUUAUGACUUACGUGAAGGACAGGAUAGUGAAACGUUGAUGUCAAUGUCCCGUUCUGAAGGGGGGCCCAUCUCUCUGUCUCUGGGGCUGAAGACCAAACGUCUCCCGUCCUCUCCCUUCCUCCUGAUCCACUUCCACGGUGGAGGCUUUGUGGCUCAAACUUCUAAAUCACAUGAGCCCUAUCUCAAGAGUUGGUCCCAUGACCUCGGCGUUCCCAUCCUGUCUGUGGACUACUCUCUGGCUCCUGAAGCCCCCUUUCCUCGAGCGCUGGAGGAAUGUUUCUACGCUUACUGCUGGGCUUUGAGAAACCACCACUUACUAGGAUGGACUGGAGAAAAAGUGUGCUUGGUUGGUGACAGUGCAGGAGGCAAUCUAUGUGUGACGACGUCUAUGCGUGCUGCUGCCUUUGGCAUUCGGAUGCCAGAUGGCAUCGUAGCAGCCUAUCCAGCCACCCUGCUCACAGCCUACGCCUCACCCUCCCGUCUGCUUACGCUUAUGGAUCCCCUGCUGCCUCUCAGUGUGCUCUCCAGGUGUCUCAGUGCCUACGCAGGCACUGAGCCAGAGACGGAGAAGCAGGUAGAAAGGGUGAGCACGCUGAGCCUGGUGAAAAGAGAUACGGCGCUGUUCCUCCGAGACUUCCGGCAGGGAGCCUCCAACUGGAUCCAUUCUCUGCUGGAUUCCAACAGAGGCUCGGCCGCCCCCAGCACAGCUACAGAGACGCCCCCAGAGAGCGCCGACGCGCGUGCUGCUGCUGCAGAUACAGUCAGGAAGAGCGUUUCCGAGGUGUCCAUCUCAUCUCCACAUGCUGACCCUCCUGUGCUCCCAGAGCCGGCGGCGCUUCCCAACAGGAAGCUGUCUGUCAAAAGCAAGACUUGCCAGGACUUGAGGCCUCCCAGCAGCUCCGUUCCCAGCGCACCGCCGGUCUCCGCGCGCACCAUAGAAGACGUAAGCUUCUUCCUCUUCAAGGAGACGGACCCCAAUAUAUCCCGUGACCUGUCUUCAGUCGCAAUACCACCUCCUGCUGGAGAGGAGGGGUCAGAGCUGCAGCACCCCAGGGAGUUUCCGUGGGGAUUUGAGCCUCUGCGCUCGGAUCAGUUUGCUGAAAUGAAGGUGCAGAGUUCUCCGGUGGUCAAAGAUCCUUUCUGCUCACCUCUGCUGGCUCCUGACAGCAUGCUGAAGGGACUGCCACCCAUACACAUCGUGGCUUGUGCGUUGGACCCCAUGCUGGACGACUCUGUGAUGUUUGCCAAGCGUCUGCGGAGCGUUGACCAGCCCGUCACUCUGUGCGUGGUGGACGACCUCCCCCACGGCUUCCUCAGCCUAUCGCAGCUCUCCAAGGAGACGAAGGAGGCUGCCAACGUCUGCGUGGAGCGCAUCCGCGCUGUUUUCCUGCAGGACACGCCCCCCGAGCCCCGCAAGCACCGCAAGCUGGAACGGACCGAUAGGCGUGCGUCGGCUCCUUCCGGAGAGCGUGGUUCUCUUCUGGUCGGCUCCAUCGAGGAAGAGGAGCCCGCCGUGGGCAGAGAGGAUAAACUGGCUGGAGGGGAGGGCUCAGUUGCGGUGACGGCUCAGAAUAACCCUGACGCUGGCGGCAUUGGUGCUUAAAUGAAGUUGAAUUAAAAUAAAAGGUGACCUCAGCUCACCCAAGGCGGAGCGAGAUAAAGAGUCGAUGAAAGUCAGACUGAAGUUAGCAGUUAAAAGGCUAAAAGAAUAGAAACACACACAGCUCCUGCCUCUUGUCAUGCACCAAAGCAAAUCUGGAAGAAACCAACGAACUCACCCCCCCCCCCCAAAAAAAAAACAAGUGUUUUGAAGCUGCUGGGAUCAGAAACCAGCUUUCACCCACAGGCUGCAAAUAUUCUCCCUGUUGUUCAGCAGUGGAGCUCGAGCAGAACAAUUCCAACCACUGAAUGGGUGAUUUAUUCAGAUCCGAGCAGUCCCUAAUCAGAUGAUGGAGGCGGUGUGGGGAGGGGGCAGACUGUAUGUGGGGUCAUCUACAUCAAAAUGGCCACUUGUCCUUUAGGGAUCCAGUCUAACUCCCACUUCAUAACUCCAGAUUGUGUUCUCCGUGAUGCCAGCUUGGCAGUCACUGCGGCUCAGUUUAGGGUGAACGGUUCAGAUCUGCAGGGUCUGAGUCCCUCUUUUUUGUAGAAAGCUGACUCAGUUUGAAUCAUUUUGGGAACUAUGCAGAAAUAUCACACUGAUCAUGAUUAUUUUUUUAUGAUUUCUGACUUUUGUCAGGCACAAGCUUUAUAUACUCUAACUUUAUGUAGUUUGAUGUUUAACUAUCCUCUUUUUUCCUUUUUUUUUUUUUUUGGUUUAAUAUUUAUCAGAAAUAUGCAAUCGUACCAAAAAGACACUCCGUUUUCACCUUUGCCUUAUGCCUCUUGUAAUAUCGACUUGAGGACUGCUUAUUAGCCAUUUUUUUUUAUUUUUACUUUUUCAGUUGCGUUAAUUGUUAAGUGUGAAAGCAGGAAAACGACACAAAGAUGCACAUUUCAGCCUCCACUGCACUGAUUUCUUCCCACGUUGUCACAUCCAUCCUGGUGUCGUUUCGUCCUCGUCAAGAAAUCACUUUCCUUGAGCCUCCAUCUCUUUCUGUAAUUCAGCAAAAAAUAUCUAACCUUUACAUUUAUCCUUCAUUUCUUCCAUAUUUUGGAGUUUUAGUUUUUUGCCCGUUGAGGGCAGUCUGAGCUUGUUGCCAUCAAAGCACUUUAACAAUGUCCUUCAACGAGUGAGUCCAUAUAUCAGGUCCAACUAAAUAUAGUUGCCAGCGACGCUGGCUCCGUCCGUCCCCCUGCCUGGUAACAGCUAGGGUUGCCAGAUCUGCAGAGAGGCUGUUUGAAAAGGAUUUAGCUGACACCCUCGAGUGCAAAAUUCCGCCCCUGUAGAAGCAGGAUUUGAACAGCAGUCAUGCUUCAGGAUUACUCCGUUCUGUCAGAGUGACGUUCUUACUGCUAUAUUUUUAGUCCGAUUGGGGGACAAAAAAAAAAUGGAAGUUCAAGCUUUCACUCAGACUCUGGUCGGAUGUGUGAUCUGGCUCCAGCAGUCGUUUGUGCUAACCGUGCACUUCUGCUGCUGCUGGUUUGUUAGGCGGUGCAAGUUUAUUUUGGGGUCAAGUUUGUAUUCAUGUCAUUGUUUGUGGGUCACAUUGUGUUUGUGUAUAUACUCAUAGCGCCUUUGUGAAGCAAAAGAAAGGCACAAACCGCACUUUACAUUAGAGGAGCAACCGCUUAUGUAUUCAAGCAUUGCUUGUUAUGUACUGUGGAAACACUACACCACUGCAGAUGAUGGACUGCAAAGCAACUUAUUACUUUUUUAAAGCUAUGAAACACAUACUGGCUUUUGUGUAAAACACUCCCCGUGUUGGCCUGUCAAUCAUCCUGUGAUGAAUUAAAAGAAGACAAUCA